GUCAGCCGGUGCUGUGCCCAGCGCGCCACUACUGCCCCGAAGGCAGCGCCGAGCCUUUGCUUUGUCCGCCUGGGCAUGUCUGCAAUGGCCAGGACCUGGAGGCCUUGGUAAACGGAACCUGGGGAGACCUGGUGCCCCUGGCGGCAGGGGGCUACCACACGGUGGUUGUCUCCAACCCAGGCCAAGUCUGGGCAGCAGGCUAUAACGACUACGGCCAGCUGGGCACCGGUGGCACUGUCAAGCAACAUGCCUUUGUGCAGGUUGCAUUUGGUGGCAAGAAGAUCGUGGCCGUGGCUGCUGGAGGACUCCACACAGCGGCGAUCACGGACUCUGGAGAGCUGUGGACCUGGGGCAGCAAUGGUCAUGGCCGGCUUGGCACUGGGGACACCACGAAUCGCCAUGCUCCAGUGAAGGUGAGCGUGAACGGCCAGAAGAUCGUGGCCGUGGCUGCUGGAGGAUUCCACACAGCGGCGCUCACGGACUCUGGCGAGCUGUGGACCUGGGGCUGGAAUGGUUAUGGCCAGCUUGGCGUUGGGGACACCACGGAUCGCCAUGCUCCAGUGAAGGUGAGCGUGAACGGCCAGAAGAUCGUGGCCGUGGCUACUGGAGGAUCCCACACCGCUGCGAUCACGGACUCUGGCGAGCUGUGGACCUGGGGCUACAAUGGUCAUGGCCGGCUUGGCAUUGGGGACACCAUGAAUCGCCAUGCUCCAGUGAAGGUGAGCGUGAACGGCCAGAAGAUCGUGGCCGUGGCUGCUGGAAUUUGGCACACCGCUGCCAUCACGGACUCUGGCGAGCUGUGGACCUGGGGCAGCAAUGGUGAUGGCCGGCUUGGAAUUGGAGACACCACGAAUCGCCAUGCUCCAGUGAAGGUGAGCGUGAACGGCCAGAAGAUCGUUGCCGUGGCUGCUGGAGGAUUCCACACAGCGGCGCUCACGGCGGCAUUGUCGGUCAAGAUCGGCGAGAUGCGUGAGCCUCUGUGCUGGUCUCUCGACGGCCGAGAGUCAAGUGUGCUUAGCGAGGCCUUCCUGACUGCAACGUGGGGUUCUAACAUUCCGCAGCUCCGUCGGUGCAGUGCGUUGCGUGGCCAGAUUGCCACUUUCCAGCAGGAGUGCCGCGUGCAGGUGGGCGCUUGGGAGGCAACACCUUGCCCAGCGGGCUAUUUCUGCGCAGCGGAGCGGGUCGCACCCUGCUCAGCUGGUUUGUUGGAAGAUGGAGGUCCCGAUGCCGAAGCCGUAUCUGCUGGCGACCCUCACGGUAGCGUGCAGCCGGGUGGCAGCAUGGAGUCUCGCGAAGAGGCGCAGCAGCUGCAGCAAGCAGCUGUGGAGACCUCAAUACAGAACCUUGAGGUGAAAGCGCAGAUUUGGGCAUCGCAAGACUACAAGAAGUUGGAGGAUCAGCUGCAGCAAGCAGCAGCAAAGCAGCAAGACAUGGACAAGACUCUACAAGAGUUUGCAUCCCGCAUCGCGAAAGUGGAGCAGCAGUGGCAUCAAGCAGCAGUGGAUGAAAAAGUGCCCCAGCAGCAUCUGCGAGCCUGCUUCCAAAGCCUUGAGGCGACAGUGCAGACUUUGAAGUCUGCUGACGAUGCGCAGGAGCAGCUGCGGCAAGCAUCGACCGACAAUGCGUCCCAGCCAAUCGAAGGCCUCCGACGGGGAGAGCGCGAGCGAGCAAACGAGAGCGCGGGUGGUGGGGACACUGCCGUGGACUUCCGUGGUACAGAAGCUCUCGGCAUUUGGCGUGGAUUAACGAUCGUCUCAGCCUUGAUCGUCUCAGCCUUGGCUGCAGGCUCUUUUCUUUAUGGCAUCCGCAUGCGUGGGAAUAGCCAG